AUGGCGCCUUCCAAGAUGAGUACGAGAGAGAUCACCGUCAAGGAUGCGCUGGAUUCAAUUUCUGGAGGUACUCUCAAAGAGCGGUCCUCGGGCUUGGAUGACCUGAUAUAUCUCCUAGACAAAAAGGGCAAGACGGCCGGUUUGUCUUCCCUUGCCGAUAGGCACUAUCACCGCAUACUCGAGAGUUUAUUCCGAUGUGCAAUCAACGAGAAACAGAGCUACUUCGGGGGCAAGAGGACGACGGCGGCAGGAGCGGGGAACAGGCUGGCGAAAUGCGCCGAGGCACUUCGGCUUGCUGUCAGCCAUGGAGCUUCUGCCGGCAAGCUCAAGCGGAAGACGAUGCUUGCCGUUAUUGACCACGUUACCCAGACUCUGCCCGGUCCGUCUGAAUCCGGAGACGAAGCGUACGUGGAGCCGCUAUUAAAGGACUAUGUCAAGACCAUUCUCGCCCUGCUCUCACAUCGGUCAAACAUCGAGCAUCUUGCCACGCUUGGGGCCGACGGUUGGAAGAACUGUGUCGAUUUCUGUAUUGACGCCGUAGGGGUCUACCUCGACAAUGCCGACCGAGACUCUGGCUCCAGAGCUUCUCCAGCACCUGGUACGGCAUCGUUGGGCUUCUCUACUGGAAGAAGCACCAAUGCCAGCCAGCGGACGGCGGGCCAAAUCCAUCGCGGUACCGUCCAGGACCUCAUCCAUUGCAUCCACCUCCUGGUCCGACCGCCCAACGCGCCGCUACACGAAAGAUCUAGGGAUCUAUGCAAGACGCUCAUUCAAGUACUGCAGCUACGCCAUCUUGUGUUGAGUCAAGUGACCCAGCUGAGCUUUGCUUCCAUCAACACACUCUUUGCCGGAAUUCAAGCAAAUGACAUUUCUCAGGCUGAUCACUUGGCCAGAGACCUUGUUCCAUUAAUCAGUCACUGGUGGCAAGCGCGGACAGUGUCCCAGGACGAGAUGCUCAAUUCGAUCCGGGACGAAAUGCUAAAGACUAUGUUCAUAAUCCACCUCCACCUUGAGCGUCUGGUGUGUCUCGAGGGUGACGAUAUGGUCCGCAAAGAGAUAGAGGAGCUUGCUGAGUCCCUGUGGCUAGAGUACUCGCGACGAAGUAAGCGAUCCCAGCUUCAACUCGAUGAUCUCAUGUUUGUUCCCCACAGGCUACCCAAGGAUUAUUUUACACUAAAGCUCUUCGGCCUCCAUGUUCACAACCAGGAGGGGGAGAGAAGAUGGGCUUUGUGUCAGAACCUCGCCAUCUUGGAGCGGAUCAUUUGCAAGAGCCGCAAACAGGAUAAAUCACAGUCUCCAGAGGGGCAACCGCGCAAAAAGCGUAGGACUUACGGUGCAGCGACGCGUUUACAGGAGAAGCUGCAGUCGCCUGGCUUGGCUGUACGGAUAAUCGCUUUACAGCUCGUGCCUUUCCUUCUCGACAUAGAGACUUUCUCUGCGGCCGAAGUGUCGGAUCUUGUUGCUGAUCUCGCCAUGUUCGUCGGCGAUAAGGACAGCACGGUGGCAUCAUGGGCCAUGCUCGCAUGUUCCAGCUCCGCGUUGUCACAGGUCAAGUCGGCUGAUAAUUCGGCGACAUGGAGGCACGUAUGGCAAUUGGCUUCUCGAGCAGUCGGUCUUCCCAGUGCCAGUCGUGCCGCCAGCGUACUCUUGCAUACUAUCCUUGAAAGGAAACUUGUCCUUUUUCAUGAUGUGUCCGAUGACAUCAAUAGCAUUAUCACGACUGCCGAUGUCAACGGUCCAGCGCUCCUGGUGGACUCCUCCAUUACCCUCAUGUUGCACCUGCAGUCUCUUAGAAACGUCAAGCUGCCAAACGCAAGUCAGUCCACAAACCAUCAUGUCAUUCGAUGGAUCUUCCGGAGGUGGAAUCCAGCCGACAGGGGCUACGCUCGUGACUACUCUGUCCACGCUCCGAUCCCUGACCUUGUCAACCUGAUACGGAUUUGUUGCGGCGUACGACUGAUGGCCUUGACACCAUUGGCAGUGUCCGGGGGCUCUAUCUGCCAGGUCUGGAAGGCACAGUACCACACAUCGGACCUAACACGAUACCUCCUUCUGUUGGAGGCACCAACAGCAUCGAAGCCACGCACCCACCCAAGCUGUAGCCAGAGCCCCUCCGCAUCAGUCCAAGUCAACGAUCCAUCUUUUCAUGCCUCGAAGAGACUAGUUUUGGAGCUCCUAUUCCCAAAAAUUGAAGAACUGCAGGACCUCUGUGAUUCCUGGGCGAGGAAGGGGUCAGAGGGAGGCGCGCCCAUGUCGCCGGACCGACUACACAGCCUCUUUUCGGCAAAUAUCAUAGGCACCUUGCUUGCUCCCCACCUUGUCGACUUGAACUCGGGCCAGUCACGAGAUAUCGAGUCUACGCUGACCAAGCUUUCCGAGGCCAGCAUAAGUGCUGCUUCGGGCUCGAGUGACAACUUGGUUUUCCAAGUUUUGUUGCGGACAAUACGACCCGUGCUUCCGUCACUUGACACAACGGGCAUCGCCGACCUAAAAGGAAAUGUCCCGCUGCUGAGGUUAAUCUUGACACUGGCAGCAAGCGCGAGAGAGAGAUCCGCGCGGCAAUCGUCGGGACAGGAUCAAGAUCUCAUGGACGUGGACGAUAAUUUCGGCUCACAGGAGAGCACGGUCAGCGUCGCGUCAUCCGAGAUCCCUCGCUUGAGCAUCUCCAUGAGUCUUGAUGCGGCAGCAUUCGCACAGGAAACUAUUCAACAUCUAUACCUCUGUGAGUCGAUGCACAGAGAUGGUGAGGAGAGUUUCCUGGAACAGCUGUUGUUGCUCUCCGCCGAUGAGUUCCUGCUGGUUAGCACCUUUGCGUCGGAGAUCUUCGCGUCUGAUCUGCCAAUCAGUGCCGAUGAUGCGUUGUGCGUCGUAAAAAAGCUAGGCAAGAUUAUUGGCGAAGCCGAAUAUACCUGCUGCGAAGUGGCCCACUCGGCCAGCCUGAGAAUCCUGAAAGGCCUCAUGCAUGUCUGGACGGACGAAAAGAACGAGGUGUCGUCUUUCGUCGGCGACUUGUACCACUAUUUCGUCAAAGCCUCUCUGCCAAAGAACAGCCUAUCCCCAGUGUCACAGAUGUCUCUCUCGAGCCUGCUGCUUGCCAUUUUGAGGACCAACCCGCAGUAUGGCGGCGAUCUUGGCCUCGACUCCUGUCGAACGACGUUGUUGUCAAUCAUGCAAAACGGCACGUUACCUGUGCAGCAUUUCAUCGGGUCCGCCCUGCCAGACAUAUUCGGCAUCUACGUUCUCAAAAUGCAUGACGACAUCUUUGUGGACGUCCUAAACAGUCUUCCUACUGAUCCCGACGCCAUUGAAGGCAUCGCGUUCCGCCUCUUUGUGCUUUCCCAGCUGGCGUGCCGCUGGCCAACCCUGCUCAGGAGAUGUACUUAUCACAUCUUUGAGACGCCGGGAAAGAUUAUACAGUCCACCAAGUACGCCAAGCGGUGUCUGGAAACGGUGUCGGAAGUCCUUCGUCUGUCCUCUCCUCAAGAGCUAUUCAAGAUAUUCAGCCCUCAGCUGUUAUAUACGUGGCUUGAACUAGACGCCGUCGACGAGAUCCCAUUUGAGAUAUUCGGCUUCCCGAGUCUUGACGACCUUCUAAGAGAAGUGCAGGCCGAGACGACGGCGUUGGAGAUAAUGCGAGGUCGCUACGACAGCGUGCGGGCACUUUCCCAGCGAUUGGGUAUCUCCUUGGCUGAGAUGAUCAAACAAGGUUUUACCAAAGUCAUGGCAUACACGAUUGCGCAUGAGACCAGCACGCCUAGCUCCGAAGGUGACGGCGGCGAGGCCUGGGUUAGGAAACUCUUGGGCAGAGAAGCAUUCCUGGAGCAAGUUUAUUUGAACUUUCCAGACAUUGUGGCUUUGUUGCUGGAUCUUUUCGACCAAGAAGACCCGAUCGAAAAGUAUCUCAAAAAAGACAAGAAUUUUGAAGACGCCUCUGAAAACUUGGAGGACAUGAAAAAGUUCUCUCAGUCGGCAACUACCUUGCCGGCAAACCAACAGCCCAUGUUCAGAGCCAAAUUCCUCACCAGAGAGCUGUUUCACUUGUGUAGCAAGACGGAGUAUGAGCUACACGAGUUGUGGACGCCGGCUUUGGUGGUCUCGGUCGCCCGAAGAAUCUUCAAUACUGUCCAUCCGGCCUUGGGCUCGCUUCACGCCUGCUCCGUGCUGCGCAAGGUUCGAGUAGUGAUUGCCCUCGCUGGUCCCGUUGCGCUGGAGGCGUACCCUCUCGAAAUGCUGCUUUCGUCGGUCCGGCCGUUCAUUGUGGACUCGGAAUGUGCUGAUGACGCACUUGGCGUAAGUCGGUAUCUGAUCACGAAAGGGGCUCGCCAUCUCGAGCAAGCCCCAUCGUUUCUCGCCGGCUACGCCUUGUCUACCCUGGCAUCUCUCAGGGUUUUCCUCGAGUCCAGCCAGUCAAGCACAACACAGGAAAGCCAGUACAAGGCGACCAUGAGCAAAGCCCAGACUUUCCACUCUUGGUUUAGUUCCUAUCUCACAGGCUACGACUCGGCCAACUUUGCCGAUGACCAGCAACGGGAGGCAUUCCGCUUAAUCACGCAGUCUGCGUCCAACAUUCGAUCCUCGGGAAAUGCCGAGAAGGGCACACCCGAGAGCACUCUGCUGAUGGAGAUUCUCAGAGAUGGCGAGCGUGAGUCGAAGCUCCUGAACGAGGCAGCUCGUGACCUAGCACUCGGAUUACUAUGUGGAGAUUUCACCGUACCCACCACGGGCCAUCGAGAUGUGAUUUCCGACGACGACGAGGCUUUGUGCCAUACCGGGCUUGUCUGGAAGAGCUGCAAUGCGCUAGCUCUGAGUGACGAGUACCUCGCCUGGGCAGGCCGCGUGGUAGGCAGGUCUUUCGCCGCUUCGGGAGAGAUCCAAUCCGAGCUCUUGGAAGAGUCCGAACUAUCGCAGUACAACAGGAUUGCACCGGGAGCUAAUGACUCGGAGCAGGGACUGCUGCAUCUGCUGCAGCAACUCACCCAGAGCAAGGAAUCCACCACCGCGGGUCUGGCUGAAUCGGCGUUGAGGGCAGUCGUCUCAGAAGCAGCGGCACAGGGAGACGAUGCGCUCAUCGUUGCCGCCCAGCGGACCUUGACCGAAUCCUUGUGCUUGACCUCGGCCUGGGACCAAUAUCGCACGCCUCCCUCCGACUUUGUCCUGUCCCCGAUUGUUCCUGAUUCUCAGGUCUUCUUCCGGGAUCAUGUGGAGAGUUCCGACUGGGUUCAGCAGCUCGCCGUUCACCUUGCGCAGUCGGUUUCCGAGUACAUUAUCCUCAGCGCGUUGGUGCCAAUUCUCAAGCACGUCAAAGGUUUCGCCCAAGACGCCUUUCCAUUCAUCGUGCACCUGGCUUUGUACAGUCAACUAGACAAACAGCAUCACAUCAAGCGCAACUUGUCGGAAGCCGCCAAAGAGUGGCUCAAAAUCGAAGACGAUGCAGCACGGACGAACCAGAAACAACUCAUCAACACAAUCUUAUACCUCAGAACGCAGUCAAUUCCCAAUGAGGUAUCCAUCGCGGACCGGGACACGUGGCUUGAUGUUGACUUUGCUGCUGCUGCCGCUGCCGCCUCGCGAUGCGGUAUGUAUAAGACCGCCUUGCUGUUUACCGAGGUAGCCGCCUCCCAGACCGCCCGCUCGUCUAGACGAUUAUCUGCAGUUCGCGAAGAGGAUUCCACCGAAGUUCUUCUAUCAAUCUUUGAGAACAUCGACGAUCCCGAUGCCUACUACGGUCUCCCACAAUCUGCUGAUUUGUCGAGUGUAUUGACUCGAUUGGAGUACGAGAAGGAUGGCUCCAAGAACUUGGCCUUCCGAGGAGCACAAUACGACAGUCACAUCCGGAGAAGGGACCCCGCAUCACAGGUCGACAGCCAGUGUCUCGUCAGAGCUCUGGGUACAUUGGGUCUGGCGGGUCUCUCUCAUUCACUGUUGCAAACACAACAGGGCCACUCCGGAGAGGAAGCAUCUUUGGAGAACACUUUUCAGACAGCACGCCGACUGGAGUUGUGGAACCUGCCUGUUCCAUCAACCGCUGACAAUUGUGCCGUGACCAUCUACAAGGCAUACCAAAAUGUUCAUCAAGCCACUGACGCGCAUUCUGUGCGCAAUGCUAUAUAUACUGGUUUCAGCCAGACAAUGCGCAGUCUUGUCAGUCGUGGCUUGAACGCAGCCAAACUUCGGCAGCAUCUCGGCGCCCUCGCAGCCCUGACUGAGCUUGAUGACAUCGCCAACGUGGCCGACUUCUUUGAGCUGGAGGGCAUGCUUAGCAAAUUUGAACAGCGUAGCCAGUGGAUGAGGCGCGGAAGGUAUGAGGAUGUCAGUCACCUACUUUCCUGUCGAGAGACAACAUUGAGCUUGAUGAGCCAACAGCCAAAGCUUCGGAGCCAGGCCUUGUCCACAGCCCAGGCCAGACAAGUCGAGAUCCGAUGCAUGCUGAUGUCCUCGGGCAUAUACCGUUUCCAUCAAGCAACCCAAGAGUCUCUGAACCUCUCCACGUCACUUGCGGACUUGGUCGGCCCUUGCGAGGAGCUGGGCAUCAAGGUCGACGCAGCAAUCAAGAUUGAGACAGCCAACUCAUUGUGGGACCACGGGGAAAUGAUCUACUCCAUCCGCAUGCUGCAGAGUAUCGACAGCGACUCGUCCCUCAAGAAACAGACGAUUCCAGUCAGCCGUUCAGACCUCCUGUCAAAGAUUGGCCACCAGGUGUCGGUAGCCAAGUUGGAAAAGCCGCACCAAAUCCAGAAAAACUAUCUCGAACCGGCUCUCAAAGACCUUAAGGGGAACAGCCAGGGACAACAGGCAGGGCACGUCUACCACCAGUUCGCCAUGUUCUGUGACGAGCAGCUGCAAAACCAAGACAGUCUGGAGGACCUGGCCAGGCUGCAAAGUCUGCGGAAGGGCAAGAGUGACGAGGUUUCUCAGCUCCAAGAUCUCAUCUCAAGCAGUCGCGAUUCCCAGCUCAAACAAAGGUACCAGUCUCACCUAAACCGAGCUCGCCAAUGGCUACAUUUGGACGAACAAGAGCUCCGCCGUGUGGAGCAGACGAGAAGCGAGUUUGUGCGGCUCAGUCUGGAAAACUACCUCCUUUCACUUACCGCCUCCGACGAGCACAACAAUGACGCUUUGCGGUUCACGGCUCUCUGGCUGGAGCGUUCGGAAGAGCCAGCGACCAAUGAAGCCGUCAAGAAACAUCUUGACAAGGCUCCCACAAGAAAGUUCGCAACGUUGAUGAGCCAGCUCUCCUCGAGGCUGCAGGACCAGCCGAGCUCGCCUUUCCAGAGGCUCCUGAUCAACCUCGUCUACAAGAUCUGCGCGGAGCAUCCAUACCACGGGAUGUAUCAAAUCUGGUCAGGCACAAAGGUCAAAACCCGCAAAGAGGAUCAAGUGGCGGUCCUCAGACUCAAGGCGACGGAAAAAGUGGCUUCACUCCUGCAGUCGACUAAAUCUGUCGCGGCAAUCUGGCAAGCAGUCGAUAGGACGAGCUCUUACUACCAUCGCCUGGCUGUCGACCGAGACCCUAACAAAUUCAAGGCCGGACAGAAGAUGGCGCUCAAGGACAUCCACUCGGCCCAAUCAUUGCAAAACGCGCUGGCCAAGUACAAAAUCCCGCCCCCGACGAUGCAGCUCGAGGUAUCGGCGACCAUGGACUACUCGGGUGUGCCCGUCAUCUCAAAGCUUGACCCUCAGAUGUCCAUCGCAUCUGGCGUCAGCGCACCAAAGAUUAUAACGGCGGUCGGGACUGAUGGCAAGAAAUACCGGCAACUGGUCAAGGGCGGCAACGACGAUCUCCGUCAAGACGCCAUCAUGGAGCAGGUCUUCGCGGCCGUGUCGGAUCUUCUCAAGCUACAUCGCUCGACCCAGCAGAGGGACCUAGGAAUCCGCACCUACAAGGUUCUUCCUCUCACAUCGGCAUCUGGACUGAUCGAGUUCGUCCCCAACACUAUUCCAUUGCAUGAGUUCCUUAUGCCCGCCCAUGAGAGGUACUUCCCCAAAGAUCUGAAGGGAUCUCAAUGCAGGAAGGAAAUCUCAAACACACAAGGCAAGACGGUCGAGACUCGGAUUAGCGUGUAUCGCAAAGUUACAGAGAGAUUCCAUCCCGUGAUGAAGUACUUCUUCAUGGAGAACUUUGUUGAUCCCGAUGAGUGGUUCGUCAAGCGCCUCGCGUACACGCGCACAACUGCAGCUAUUUCGAUGCUCGGCCACGUGCUCGGUCUCGGCGACAGGCACGGCCACAACAUUUUACUGGAUAGCAAGACGGGCGAGGUCGUGCACAUUGACCUGGGUGUCGCAUUUGAGAUGGGACGCGUCCUUCCCGUGCCAGAGCUCGUUCCGUUCCGGCUAACGAGAGACAUUGUGGACGGUAUGGGCAUUACCGGGACCGAGGGCGUCUUUCGGCGCUGCUGCGAGUUCACACUGCAUGCCUUGCGUGAGGAAACUUAUUCGAUCAUGACGAUUCUCGACGUCCUUCGUUACGAUCCUCUGUACUCGUGGUCCAUUUCCCCCGUGCGUCUAGCAAAACUGCAGGGGGGCGAAUAUGAAGGUGACGACGACGACGGUGAUGGAGAAGGCAGGAAGGGAAAGAAGGGGCAGCAGGUCAAUGAGCCGUCGGAGGCCGACCGGGCUUUGGAGGUGGUCCGGAAGAAGUUGUCAAAGACGUUGAGCGUAACGGCGACGGUCAACGACCUGAUUAACCAGGCGACCGAUUUAAGUAAUCUUGCUGUCCUCUACUCGGGAUGGGCAGCGUAUGCAUAG